AUGUUCGGGGGCCGGGCGAGUCCUCUCUUCCUGGACACUUCAGGGAUCUGGUGGCAGGACCGGCCGUCCUUGGCAGCAGUGGAGGCGUCCUGGGACGUGGCAGAGAUGGCAGCUCUGCAGAAGGCUGCAGAAGACGACUCGGACUUGAGCCAACUGGAGGGGGACAGGGUGGAGGAGCUGGCUGUGCCGGACCCAGAGCUGGAAGCCAUCAAAGCCAGAGUGCGGGAGAUGGAGAAGGAGGAUGAGAGGCUGAAGGAGUUGCAGCUGGAAGCUGAGAGCCGCCUCAUCAUGAGCUCGGAGGCAGGUCUCUUCCCAAAGACGACCGAGGAGAAGAUUGAGGUUGACCAGCGAUCCAUCUACGUGGGCAAUGUGGAUUAUGGGGGCACGGCAGAAGAGCUGGAAUCUCACUUCAACAGCUGUGGGCAGAUCAACCGAGUGACCAUCCUCUGCGACAAGUUUUCGGGGCAUCCCAAAGGGUAUGCCUACAUAGAGUUCGAGGAGAAGAGCUCUGUGAAGGCUGCAGUGGAGCUGGACGAGAGUGUGUUCAGAGGCCGUGUCAUUAAGGUGCUGCCCAAGAGGACCAACAUGCCGGGCAUCAGCACCACCGACCGCGGGGGCUACCGGGGCCGCUUCCAAGCCCGGGGAGGGCUGGCCCAGCGGGGGGGCUACUAUGGAGGGCAGCACCCAAGGGUGCGAGGGAGGACGUAUAGGGGUCGGGCAAGGCUGCUGCCUUGGUAUUUUCCGUACUAG